AUGUCUGCCCAGAAUACAGUCUUGAUUACCGGUGCGAACCGUGGCAUUGGGAAGGGCCUCGUGGCUGUACACCUUGCGAGCGCCAACACAACCGUCAUAGCCACAGUCCGCGAUCCCUCGUCUGCUGAAAACCUCCAUUCGCUCUCCAAGGGUUCGGGAUCUCAACUCAUUAUCAUCAAACUUGAUGUCUCAAGUGCUGAGUCCAUCAGAAGUGGAAUUGCAUCCUUAAAGUCGGACCACGGCAUCAGCAGCAUUGACGUUGUCGUCGCGAAUGCCGGUAUUGCUGGCAUAACUCCAAAAUUGACCGAGGCCGACAGCUCUGAAAUUCAAACCUACAUCGAUGUGAAUGCAUACGGACAGCUCGAGCUGUUCAAGGCAGUAUCUCCACUGUUGCAGCAAAGCAAGACUAAGGGGAAGUUUGUGUACAUCUCCAGUGCUGGCGGAAGCUUGACAACAAUGAGCAACAUUGUCCCGCUUUCCGCUUAUGGGGCGAGCAAAGCACUAGGCAACUUCCUUUUCAAGUGGUUAUCGUUGGAGGUCGACAAUGUGCUGAUUUGGGCGCAACACCCAGGAAUGGUUGCAACUGAGAUGGGUAAGGCCGGCUUCGAUGCGUUGAAAGCGCAAGGCAUCGAUCUGUCUGCGCAUAUCAUUACCGUGGAACAGAGUACGAAUAUGUUGAAGAAUUUGAUUGAGAAUGCGACUCUCGAAUCCGCUCAUGGAAAGUUCCUUGGGCCUGAUGGAACAGAGUUGCCUUGGUAAAUAUCGAUAUUCCAU